AUGAGAGAUGUUGAAUUAGUAAUGCAUAAGUUGGGACUUGUUUUUGACCCAAAAGAGGCAUUAGGCGACCAGGACAUUUUAGGUGCUUUCGAGGAAAAUGAAGCUCAUUUGGAAUUACUGAAAGAUGCAUUUAAUGUUUUUGAUGAAAAUAAUGAUGGAUAUAUUGCUGCAAAUGAGUUGAACAAAGUACUCAAUUCACUAGGUUUAACACAGUUCUCUGACCAAGAAUGUCGUAGAAUGCUUGUAGCGAUGGACUGUAACGGAGAUGGACGGAUUGAUUUUGAUGAAUUUGUAAAGCUCAUGGAGUUUCAUGUGUAA